UCGAAAACCGUGUGCUCGAUCUAAACUCACUACCAACCCUUAACAUCACUCAACAUCAUCAUCUGGAUCAUCUCCCGUCCUUGUCAUUACCAUCACCCGAAACCGUCAAGAUCUCUCCAUACUUAAUUACCUCCCAUCCUUUCGAUUCUUAAUAACCCUUGAAGCGCCUUUUGUUAUUUUCAUAUCCAUCUCGUGCAUUUUCUCUCCUCUCCACCGCCUUCUGUCAUAUCAACCUCUCAACCUUAAUCACAUUUCCGAAACUUGUGGUGAUAUCAUAAUCUCCCCGAAAUGGCCACCCACGUUGUUACCGCCACUACCACUUCUCCCGUUCUCGCGGGUAACCAAAUCUCCCUCUACGGUCAACCCACCCCUAUCAACUCCGCCGAUACCACCGCCAACAACUCCCCGGCCUCGCCUCAGCAGCAGUACCUUCCGCUCCACAGCAAGCAGCUUCGUCCAUUGAAGGGUCCUCUGUAUGUCCCCGCUGCUUUGCGCCCCAAUAACGACCACGCUACUCAGAAAGCCUCUCCGCCUUCUCCUCCCCGCAGUGUCCACGGCUCCUUGGACAGCCUGACUGAGGGCGAGAUCGGCGUCCCGGCUACUCGUCGCUCCACUAUGGAAAGCUACAGCAGUGGCUCGACUGUCAGCAAGCUGGCUGAGGAUGAGUGGAUGAAGAAAGAAGACCUUGGCGAGGUGACCGGCCAGCCUACUCGUGAACACUGGAAAGCCGACUCUGCUUCUCCCAACUGCGAUUCUCCCACCUGUCGCUCCUCCUUCGGCAUCUUCCUGCGUCGCCACCACUGUCGCCAUUGCGGCCAUGUCUUCUGCUCCUCCCACACCCCCUAUGUCGUCCCUCUCGAUCAGAAUGCCCGCUUCCACCCCGAGGGUGUUCCAUCGCGUGCCUGCGAUCUCUGCUGGAGCGCGUAUUCGCGCUGGGAGGAAUCGCGCACUGAGCGCCUCAACAAGAUCCAAACCCAGAUUGAUGCGCAGACCGGUACUGUUGGCGAAGCUGACCGCGCUGUCUCCCUGGCCACCAAGCCCUCGCCGGUCGAGAGCCUCAAGGCCGCUGCAUUGAACGGUGUCCCUGGUCAAUCCACCGAGAUCGCGGCCAGCGUCCCUCGCGGCUGGAACUGGAGCACUUUCUGAAAUGACCACGACUUCACGCAUUAAUGAACAUGCCCAUACACGAGGGGUUGUCGGCUUCCACAAUUAUCCAUGCUGACCGACGCCCACUUCGCUUCACUUCACUUCGUACAUACCUGUUCUAGAACAUGCC